AAUGGUCAACCUUUAACACAGAGACAAACUGUUCAAUUUGAACUAUAUAAUUCCAUUCGCCAGCGCGUUUCUUAUAGUACGAGACAGAAAAAAAAGUGUCAAGUGAGAGUUUAUAAGCCAGGGACAGCAGUGUAUUGGUCCAGCACUUCGUUCAACCCUUUUAACAAGAAAGACGAAAUUUAAAAUGGACAAAGAUUUUUCAACAAGAGUUGCAUUUAUGCUUGUUAUAUUAUGCUGUGGGAAUAUACUAGAGGUGGAAACUAAAGUAGUCAGCUUCAGAAGUUUAUGGACGCAGUUAGUGAAAUGCGAGGGUGUGAUCAACUUAAGAUGUCGUUAUUUAUCACAUUAUUGCAACGUUGAGGUUCUGAAGCGAGGAGAAACGAACUUCAACAGCGAUAAAGGAUCUUCAGAUUACGACGAGCAAGAUUUUAACGAGCUCGGUUUGGUAAAGAAAGCAAAAGAAGUUCGAAUGAUAUCAAUGAAUUGUGCAUCUUGCAACAAAUAUUGCUGGUAGUUCUUCGAAUGUUUGGACAGGAGAGCCAAUUUAGAUUGAAACGACGCAGUUACAUUUGUAUUAAUCUGUUUUAUUGUUAGGUUAAAUAUAUAGUAGGGUGGGGGAAGAUAGGUCACCUUUUUAUUCUAUUUUUUCGUCACAUUUAGUAGUAAACAAAAAAACUUUUAAUGAAUUAUAAAACCGUUUCCUCACGACUCCCAUAGACCUUUUUACUUGUUUAAAACACGAUCAGGAUAUUUGGAUAUUACGUGCUAAAGGUGUCUCAUCUUACCCCACCCUACUAUGAUACAUCGACUGUUUUAAACUUAACCUACUAUUUAGUUGUGUAAAAAUCGUCGUAUGCUGCCGUGUAACGAGGAGCUGUGUUUACGCAAAUAAAAUUCAAGAUUGCA